GCCCCAGGCAGUUCUCUCCAGCGCUCUCUUAAUUGUUCCCAGCGUCACACUUGGGGAUUGCUUCACCCCACCAUCCAUUGAAGUCUGACCGCUUUCAGGAGGUCGCCUGCUCUACACACCAUGUCCCAAUCACUCCGCCCGUAUCUCCAAUGCGUGCGGAGUACUCUUACGGCCGCUCUCUGCCUCUCCAACUUCGCCUCUCAAACCUCCGAACGUCACAAUGUCCCCGAAAUCGAAGCCCAAACCUCUCCUGAGGUUUUACUCAACCCCCUAGUCAUCGCUCGAAACGAGAACGAGAAAGUCUUGAUCGAACCGAGUGUCAACAGCGUACGAAUCAGCAUCAAGAUCAAGCAGGCAGACGAGAUCGAGAAUAUCCUUGUCCACAAAUUUACCCGAUUCCUCACCCAACGAGCUGAAGCUUUCUUUAUCCUCCGCAGAAAACCAAUCAAGGGCUACGACAUUUCAUUCUUAAUAACGAAUUUCCACACCGAAGAGAUGUUGAAGCACAAGCUAGUGGAUUUCAUCAUUCAAUUCAUGGAGGAAGUCGAUAAGGAAAUUUCAGAGAUGAAGUUAUUCUUGAACGCAAGGGCGAGAUUCGUUGCGGAAUCUUUCUUAACACCCGUAGGCCACCUUUCCCCGUUCCUCCCUUUCCGCGACAUAUAGCUAACACUACCCGCAGUUUGACUAAGCAAGCCGUAUGCA